GGACAAUGACCCGAAAGAUUCGGUAAUAUACUGCUCAGAUACCCUGCCAUACUUGAAAACUUCACCAUUUACAAACAUGGUACAAAGGAGGUUUGGAUCUCUCUCUCCCGUUCCCCCGAUGGAAUUUGUCUGACCAACAAACUCCAAUUACCAACGAAUAGCAUCUGCUAUCAAUGGCAGUCAUGGAUGAUAAUAUUAAACCCCAAAAUAUGCAACACUCGUGCCAGAUUUGUUGUCGACAAUUCCAAAGAGCCGAGCACCUAAAACGGCAUUUAAUACGACAUACUUCGGAGCGGCCAUAUACCUGUCCAUUGUGCUGUUAUUCAUUUAACCGAAAAGAUGUUCUUAUGCGUCAUGUUCGUUCGCACAGCUCGCAACGGGCCCGGGCUACCACGGCUUGCGAUUCCUGCUCGCAGUCCAAAACCCGUUGCGAUAACGAUACUCCGUGCAAUCCAUGUCGACGCGCAGGACUACCGUGUGGGUCUGUAAGACCACAGCGAAGACUUGGAAGACCAGCGCAACGGCAGGAGCAGCAACCUUUUUCUACUGAGAAAUAUAACAAACCACAUAAUAGCAACGCCACAGCUGUGACCACACCACAACGAUCCUCCCAAGCGCUUUUAUUGCCAAAGCCUCCAUCACUUGGACACAACGAUGUCGCUAAAACACAACGUUCAGGCCAGGCAACCAAUUCUGCAGGAAUAAGCACCCGGAAUAUGUCUCAAUCUAGCAUACCAAUGUCUAAAACUGUGAACGCCACAGUGAUAACAAGAGUGGACAAUCAAACCUCUGAUGUCUAUUCCCUUCCGUCUCAGCGUGAUGCCAUCCCCAGUGAAAGCAAUGAAGGUUUUCCUCUGCAACCGCAUCAAGAUGAGGAGAAUUGGGGAUGGUUUAAAGCUAUCUACCAUUGAUCCUCACCAAUGAGAAAUCUUGAUUGAAACGCUACAAAUUAAAUAUGUACAAUGCAAGAUGAUUCAUCUGGAAUGACGUGUUAAUAG